AUGUCGAAAAAGUUGACCAAAUUUCAAAUCAUCCUCGACCGUGGCGCCUUGCUGUAUCUUCCCGGACAGGUGUUGUCCGGGCGGGUGCUGCUGGAAACGCAAGCCGACACGGCCGUGCUCGGGUUGCACUUCCACGUGCUGGGCGAGUGUACCGUGCAUGUGCCGAAGGGACGCCGGGACAAAUCGUACGAUAAGGAAAAUUACAUUGAUUUCCGCAUGAAGCUGUUGGAUGACUUCGACAACAAACCUAUCCUGCUAUCACCCGGCAUACACUGCUUUCCGUUCAAGCUGGGACUACCCGUAUCGCUGCCGUCCACCUUCCUUGGCCGACACGGUUGGGUGCAGUACUACUGCAAGACAAGCCUGCAGGAAACGUCUGGAAUAACGCACAAGAACCAGCAGGUGUUUAUCGUGCUAAAUCCCAUCGAUUUGAACCUGGAAGUGCCGAUCAUGAGCCGACCGCUCGAGGCAAACGUCGAUCAUCGCGUAGGCGUCGGCUACAUUGGUGGCGUGGUGCGCUGCAACGUGGGACUGGACAAACGGGCGUACGUGCCGGGCGAGAGCAUUCUGCUCACUGGCGAGGUUCACAACCGCACGAAUGUGGCCGUGAAGCUGCUCAAGUAUGCGCUCAUCGAGACGGUGAAAUACUUUGUGCAUGGAAAGCUCGUGCACCAGGAGCGACGUGAGCUGGAUGCGAUUGUGCGUGAUAAGAUAAAGUCCGGCGGUAGAGAUGUGUUGCAGAAUGGACAUCUAACUGUACCGCCGUUACCGCCCACCAACCUGCUCGGAUGCCAUCUGAUCAAGGUGCAGUACAGUGUUUGUGUGCUGAUUGAACCGAACCUGAUGGAGCGCCAGGAAGCCAUCCGAAUUCCGAUCACGCUCGGUACGUACCCGUUUCGGCGCGACGAUGAAAAUCUCCAGGAGUGGGUUGACAACUACGUGCAGUAUCCCGCAGCGCUGCCCGUCUCACGCGGCACACCGUUUGAAGUGCUGCACUAGGCAUUGCUGCCCCGUUCGCAGGAUAUGAGACUGUCACUCGAGAUUAACACUGCUGAUCGAUGUGCGAGAUACGCUCCCGGUGCAACAAUGGUCAGAGACAUACGAGCAAGAAAUACGACAGUUUUGGAAAGAGUGUUAUACAUUACUAAUAUAUAUUUGAAUACAAUAAAA